GGGGAGCCCUGGCCUGGCUGGGAGGCGCAUUGUUUACUUUGCCUGAGGGGGUCCUGCCAUGAGCAGCCCUCAGGAAAGCCCCUCCAGAGCCCAGGCACCUCUGCUGCCCGCACUGGUGCCCCACUGACUGGGGAGGGAGGGAUGGCCUCCCCUUCCAGGCAGGGGUCCCCUGGAAGGGCUGGGCUGCUCUGCGGCAGCAAGACCCGGUCCUACGGCAGCCUCGUCAAGUCAACGUGCUCCCCAAUAAGGGAGAGGAGGGUGGAACAUCGCCUGGAGCCGGGGGACACCUUGCAGGGGCUGGCGCUCAAAUAUGGGGUCACGAUGGAGCAGAUCAAGCGGGUGAACCGGCUGUACACCAGCGACUCCAUCUUCCUCAAGACGACGCUGCACAUCCCUGUCCUGAUGGAGCCCAAGCAGAUGGCAAAUGGUUUAAACCUGGAGGAAGAGGAAGAGGAGACGGAGGAAGGAGCCAGACGACCCACCACUGGAGAGGACAAUCCGGUGCAGAAAAACAGCUCCGUGACCAGCACAGGCACCACCCCUCGCCACGACCUCUCGGCCACGGAUUUCUUAAGGAAGCUCGACUUGGAGAUCAGCCUGUCCAAGAAGGCUGCAGUGAAGAAGCUGCGGGAGGGGGAGAUCGCAAUCGCCAGGGCUGAGCCAGAAGCCAGCAGCACCGUCUCCCAUCAGAGUGAGCCCUCGCCUCACGCUCAGCAGCGCGCCCUGCUGGGCCCUGUGCCGCUCACCAAAAGCACCCGCGCUGCCACGCUUCAGGACCAGGAGGAUGAGAUCUUCAGGCUCUGAUGGGCAGAGCCUUCUUUUCCCCAAGGACUCGCCUCUCCUCUCCUAGCCGGUGUGUCCAGCCCUCGGGGGCAGCGCAGGGUCUUUGAUGGCCCUGCCAGGGGGACCCAGACGGAGCUGAGACCCUGAUCCCAGCAGGAGUCUGCGUGAGUCCUCUGGCUGCCCCCACCUUUGGACCAAUCUGCACAGGGAGCAGUGCAUGGGGGAUGUUCUGCGGCUGGGGUGGGUGGUGCCCAGAGGUGUGUUAUGGGGGUGACUGGCAGAGCGCCCCCUUGGGGCGGGUGUGUCUCGGCGACACGCUUUAAUGCACCAGCGUUUUCUGUGCUGCUCCUCGCUGGCCUUUCCCACUGCUGGGCUCUGAGCUCCCCGUCCCAGCGCACCAGCCUCUCCCUGUCCCAUCCUGUCAGGUCACUGCCUUCGGCGACAGCCCCGUCGCCUACAACCCCCUUGGAUCUCCUUAGCUCCCCCACUGAGACUUUUGAGAAAGGCCUCGGGAUCAGAUCCUCAGCCCAGCCCCCCCAAUCAUCUACUGAUGCCCCUCAAUCCCAACCCACAGCC